AAUAUAUGGAACGACUUCGACGCGAUGAGCCGAUAUUUGGUGGGAAAGUAUAAAAGGUUGGACUACACUUGGCAUUGGCAUAGUCAUUGCAAAAUGCCCUCGAACACUGGAGCUUGGAUUCUACUGGGCCUGCUGGCCGGCAUCGCCUCUCUGUCUAGCGCUGGAACUAUACUGCGAAAUGGGGACCGAACGAUUCUUCAGAACAAUGGCAACACCAUCCUGUCCAGCGGAGCUGGGCAAAUCUUUCGGCGACCCGAUGGCAGAAUGGUUUUGAUUGGAUCCAAUGGCCGGAGCAUGAUCGUCAACGGCGGCGCCUCCAGUGAGGAAGACAUCUCGGGGGAAUAUGGCACCGGUGGACAUCAUAACAACAUUAUCAUCAACGGUGGCUCGGGAUCCAGCGUAUAUCGCAACGGUGGACAGGGCUUCAUCGUUGGAGAUGCGAAUAAGGACACUUUCAUCACCGGUGAUGGACGUAGUGUAAGGGUCGUAAAUGGAGCCAUUGAGCUGAACGAUCACGGACAGGUGUACGUAUUCCACCCAAAAGCAGCCGGUGUUUACGACAAGGAAACUGUCCCCUUCAGCGGACAAACCGCGCAGGUGGAGUACUCCAAUGGGGAUAUAGUCGUCGAACUGGUUGAUCAUACGGUGAUUGCCAAGAUAGGUGAUCGCAUCUUCGUGGGCGAUCGCGAAUCCUUUAACAAUCGGGAUAAACUGGAGGCGGAGGUAAAGAACUAUGGCCACCGUAUCCAACAAGAGAUCCAGGAGAGUAUCCAGAAAACCAUGGAGGACGUUUACAGAAGUAUCCAGGAUUCCAUACGCCCAGUUAUGUACUAGUAAUCGCACACGAGUCGCUCGUAAUAAAGCGUAUUUGCAGCAAUUGCCUUGACUUUAA